AUGGCCGCUGUGUCCGCAGCAGCUACUGUGGGGCCUAUUUACCCUCGAAGUAGUCACCUUCCGCUUAUUGUCACAUCCGGGGUAUCUUCACGACGCAGCGCACUCAGCAGGAAUCCCCGCAGCAGCAGCGGCGGCGGCAGCAGCAGCAGCCGUCCAUUCGCGAACGCAUGUCUCCUCUCUGCCACACCUUUCCCGCUCUCACAUACGUUCGUUGCUCCCUCGAAUUCCCGUUUUAGCAGUAACCACCCGUUCGGCCGCAAUUGCCGGCUUGCAGCAUCGGCGGUGGAGGGGAGUGUGAGCUCAGGGAUUGCCGAUGGGGGAGGUGAGGUGCAGGGCGAUGGGGAGGAUGAGGAGGGGGGGAUGAGAGGGGAGAGGAGACGGGAGAGACGUGGAGUGGGGGAGAAGGCUGUGCGAGACGAGAAGGGCAUUCCAGCAGAAAUUGUAGAGUUGAGUAUGGUUGAAACGAGUCAGAUCAAAACGAGUCACGUUGAAACGAGUGCAACUGAAACGAGUCAGACUGGCAAGGGUGGCGGCGCUGGGAGCAAGAGAGCAGCCGUUGCGGCUGCUGUGAGAAGAGCCGCUGCUCUGGUGGGUACUGUGCCCGUUAAACUAAAGGAAACUGCUGCUCCGAUAAAAGAGGUGCCUGGUAGGCUGAAAAGAGCUGCUGGCGUGGCUGCUGAGGCACCUAGAGCGUUGACAAAGGCCGCUGGUGAAGUAGGUCGCAAGGCAGGGCAGAGGCUGACUCAGCUGCCGGAUUCUGUCUUUGACUUGGGUCAACGCGCUGGUCAACGGGUCAAAGGCAGGCUGGGAGACCUGGGAGGUCCCAAGGCAGGGCAAAAGCUGAGCCAGCUGCCGGAUGCUGUCUUUGACUUGGGUCAACGCACUGGUCAACGGGUCAAAGGCAGGCUGGCAGACAUGGCAAUUCACAAGGCUGGGCAGAAUUCGGGUCAACUGCCGUUUUCUGAUAUCAACUUGAGUCAACUGCCGGAUUCUGUCUUUGACUUGGGUCAACGCACUGGUCAACACGUGAAAGGCAGGCUGAGGGAUCAGGCUGGUGGGUGGAGGAGAAGACUGAGUCAACGCUUGGUUGACCAGUCCAGUGCAGCGACUACAGCUGGAGAUGGGUUACUACAGGACGGGGAAGAAUUAGGCCAAAGAGUCUCUGUAGGUGUAGCUUCGGCAGGUGUAGCUUCGGCAGGGGUUGGAGCAAGUUCAGGUUCAGAGAAAAGACGUCAGAAGCGGGUUAGAGUGCGGAUUCGAACCUCGCUAACAUCAAAAGAACAAGGGCAGACACUCAAGCAGCACGCACAGGCGUUGAAACAGCAGUCCCAAGCACUGCUGAAGGAGGCAUUGAGGCAGAGAGCUGAAACACUUGCAGGCGCUGCUGCUGCUGCUGCCACUCCCGAAAGAAUCCGGGCUUUAAGAAAAGCGGCCACUGCUACUGUCAGUGUCUCUCUGUUAGCAACCACUGCCGCUGCCGCUGCUGCUGCGGCGGCUGCUGCUGCUGCUCGUGGGGGGUUGGUGGUGGGUUCUGUUGGCGGCAGUGCUGCCUUUGCUCGUCAGAUUGCUAGGAGAAGGUACGCUGCUGAUGGUGGCGCCGCUGCUACUGUGGUGGUGGUGGGAUGUGAUGGGUAUGCCACUGCAGAAGUGGCUGCCAGUGGUGAUGUUCCUGUGUGUGGGGAUGAUUGUAUAGCAAGUGGUUGUAAUGGGGUAGAGAGUGGUGCUGCUGGGGAGAAGGAUGGGGAUUAUAGCGAGGGGAGGCUUGUUGCCAAGGCUGGUGGUGUGACUGAAGGCAGAGGUGCUACAAUGGAGGACCCACCUGACCCUACCGGACACUCCCAGGAGGUAAAGAGACCAAGGAUGGAAGAGGAGGAGGAGGGGGGAAACAGAAAAGCCGAAGGGGUGAGGGAAGAGGAGGGGUGCGAGAAGAAACGAUCAGGGGUGCAGCAGCUGCAGCAGUGGUGGGCGUCGAUACUAGCAGCAUGUGCCACUGCUCUCAAAGAGACAGUGGGGAAACAGCUAGCAGGGGGGGUGAUGACCCAUGCUGCCCGGUGGUUGGCUGCUGGAAUCACUGUGCUGCUGCUGCUGCUGCUGCUGCUGGCUCUUCUAGUGGCUGCUGCUGGUGCUGGGAGGGGGAGGGGGAGGGGAGGGAAGGGUGGGAAGGGAGGGAAUGGAGGGCUGAGGCGAGGAGAACAGCAGGCGGUGAGCUUUGAGUUGGAGAAAAAGCCGCUUGUAGGGGCAAGAAGAGUGGAGUGGAAAGGUGAAAAGGGUGCAGCGAGGUUAGGAGCGGUGGAUUUUAGACAAGAAGAGGUGCUAUGCAGUGCAGCGAUGGAUGGCCCAAGGGUUGUGCCGUGUGAAAUGUUGAGAGACUGUGCGGUGGUUGGUGGUGAUGCAGUGAAGCAUGUGCAGCUGGUUGCUUGGAGACAGGGGAUGACCGGACAGCAGCAGGAGGUGCAUCAUCAGCAGCAAGAGUACCAGCAUGACUGUGUGGUGGGUGGUGACGCAGUGAAGCAUGUGCAGCUGGUUGCUUGGGGACGGGGAACGACCAGACUGCAGCAGCAGGAGCAUGCCGAGCAGCGGUGGUGGAGGGAGAAGAGUGGGAAGAGAAGGAGAAGAGGAGGGGCGAGCUGGGUGAUCGAUAGUAGCAGCAGUAAUAGCCAUAGUGAUAAGGAGAGAAUGAGCCGGCACAGGGCAUGGGAGGGAGGCAAGGAGAGCGUUGGAGCGGUGAGUGGAGAAGCAGGACCAGUCAUGGAAGUCAAUCAAGUCAACGGGGGUAGUCAAGAGGGAGUCAGUACGAGUAAAUCCAGAAGACAGGAGAGGGACGAGGCAAGGAGGGUAAGGGAGGAAAAAAGGAAGCGGGAGAAAGAAAGGGAGAAGGAAAAGGAGAGGGAACGAGAGAGGAAGAGGGAGAGGGAAAGGGAGGCGCUAGAGUAUGAGAUAUGGCUGCAGGGGGUGUGGGAUGAGGCAGUAGCGCGGGGCAUAUCGGAGGAGACAGUGAGGGAGGCUUUGGAAGGGCUGCAGCCGCUGCCUGCUGUGGUGUCCAAGCCGCUGCCUGCUGUGGUGGCUAAGGUGACUGGUGCAGCAGAGGUGGUCUUGACUGCACGGCAGUAUGUGGCCAGGAUGGUGAGUGAUGCACGGGUGCUGGAAGGCAGGCAGGUGAUGGAAGCUCACCGGAAGCUUCUGGCGGAGAUUGAGGAGAUCUACGGCGUGCCGGCCAAUGUGAUGACUGCGCUGUGGGGCAUAGAGAGCAGCUAUGGGAAGAACAUGGGCAAGUGGGAUGCCGUUCAAGCUCUGCUCACCCUCGCAUAUCGUACGAAGCAGCCUCGCCGCGCCGCAUUCUUCCGGGAAGAGCUAAUGGAAGCGCUGUCUAUCCUUGAGAACAACCACGGGCCUCCCGUAGCAAUCCAGAGCCUUCCUGCUGCUGCUGCUGCUGAUACAGCUGCAAGCGCAGUGGGAGAGAGGAGGGUGCGGCUGCUAGGGUCGUAUGCAGGGGCCAUGGGGCAGUGCCAGUUCAUGCCGUCGUCCUUCAAGGCCUAUGCUGUUGACUAUGAUGGAGAUGGGAGAAGAGAUAUUUGGACUUCCAUUCCCGACGUGCUCGCAUCAAUGGCAAACUACCUCAAGUGCAACCGGUGGAAACGAGGGGAGCCAGUGGGGGUUGAGGUGGUCCUGCCCCCCGACUUCCCGCCUUCGCUCUUAAAGCCCGCCGUGAAACUCACAGUGGCGGAGUGGCAGCAGAAGCACGGAGUCAGAAUUGCUGAUGGAAGUAAUGCCACCGGUCGGAACGUUCCGAGUAGUGGAAGCAAUGAAAGCAAUGAAAGCGAUGAAAGCGAUGGAAGGGAUGGAAGCAGUGCAAGUGCUGCCACGAAUCUGCCUCCUGACAUGAUCGCCAACCUCAUCGCACCUGACGGUCCAGCUGGCGUCGCUUACCUGGCAUGCCACAACUUCCACGUCAUCCUGCGCUACAACCCCGCCAAGCUGUACGGCCUGGCCAUUGCUGAGCUGGCACGCAGACUGGGGUAA